AUGAAAGCACAGCAUUUUGUAGUAGUUUUAUUGCUGGUAUCUAAUAUAACAUUAUUUUCAGUUUUUCUGGAUGUGUUCGUGGCUGCUGCAUCUGCGGAUUACACAUGUUUUGAACGGGAUGACUUGCUGCCUUUUGAUUCAAAACGUUUGAAGGAAGAUUUAAGAGAAAACUUCUUAGGACAGCACAUUGCAUCCAAUGUUAUACAAAGAGCUGUGUCGUCAUUUAUGACUGACAGAAACCCAAAUAAACCGCUGGUCCUCUCUUUCCAUGGGACUACAGGAACUGGAAAAAAUCAUGCUGCCAAAAUCAUCGCAAGAAAUGUGUAUGAAAAAGGGGAAAACAGCAAGCAUGUACACUUAUUUAUAUCUGAGCAUCAUUUCCCACACACAGAAAAGUUACACUUUUACAGUGCACAGCUAAAGAAGCAGAUUCAUGAAAGUGUAUCACGUUUUCCCCGCUCCAUGUUUAUAUUUGAUGAAAUGGACAAAAUGCAACCACAGCUGAUCGAUGCCAUAAAACCUUUUCUAGACUACAAUGCCUGUGUAGAUGGAGUGUCAUUCCACAAGGCAAUCUUCUUAUUUCUCAGUAAUGCAGGUGGGAAUAUAAUUACUGGAGUGACUCUGGAUUUCUGGAGAAAAGGCAUUAAUCGGGAAAACAUAUGGAUGGACAGCAAGGAACUGGAGAUUAAAAUCACUGAAAACAUCUUCAAUGAAAAGAACAGUGGAUUUUCGUACUCUAGUAUCAUAGAUGAGCAUCUGGUUGAUCAUUAUAUUCCUUUCCUACCUCUGGAGAUGAAGCAUGUGCGUCAGUGUGUCCUGGUUGAGAUGGCCCAUAUGAGGAUCACCCAAAACUUUGAUCUGGCAGAUCAAGUGGCCAAAGCCAUGCCUUACUUCCCUAAAGAAGAGAGAGUAUUUGCUGUUAAAGGCUGCAUGAGUAUCAGACAGAAGUUGUCACUGUAUAUUAAUUAA